UUCGAAGUCCCAUCGACGUUGGCGUUCCUUUGUAGCGAUGAUUGCCUACCCUUGAAGAUCCGAUUCAGCGCAUUUCUUCAACGCCGCAUUGUUGAUGCGUGUUCAACGCCGUUGCGGUUCUCGCUCGUUACAUUAUCCAUGCCUCUCUUUCAGGUAAGGGAGCUUUUACAGUUCCCUGAAAAUGGAGACAAUGCUACGGACACCGUGAUCAAUAAUAUUCACUUCAAUCUGACCGCUCUAAAUUAUUUCAAUUAUACCCUCUAUUCCAAUGGAACUCUUUCGAAUGGCUCGAACUGCUGGCUUUCAUUCGACAUGUACCAGCCUUCUAUGCUAUCAAAUGGAACAUUUAUUAACGCCACAUCUUGUUAUUUUCCGAUCAAUGGUCUCGAGGCAAGGGGAAGUGUGGGCAUUGCGUUUGCUUCGAUGUUUGGAGCAACCGUAGUGUUUACCUUGAUAAACCUGCGAAAGCAUGGGAAAACGUUUUUACCACUAGAGAAGAGAUGGCGAGCUGUUGGGAGGAGGUGGCAAUGGUAUUGGAUGCUCUUUGUUGCAGCCUGCGGUAUGAUAAGCUGUUUCAUGAGCAUUGACGUCGAUCGGAGUUAUUUACAAGGAAUUGCACUUUCUCUCCAGAGUCUGUUUUAUUAUCUACUUUUGCCCGGGCUGCUGGCUGCAGUGUGGGAAGGAGUCAGGCAUUGGGGUUCAUGGCAAGAACGGCAGAUUUGUGAUCGCGACACCUUCGCAUUCUCGGAAGCUUCUACAAGAGAAACCCAGGAAUUUUACCUGCCAUUGAUUUUCUACUUUUUCGCCUGGCUUAACUUCUUCCUGGUCAUUCCUAGGAACUGGAACUCGAUCCAAAAACAACGCAGCCAAGACCAAACAAUGAGCAUCGCUAAACCAUCCGCGACAGACGGCCGCUUCAAAGCGGGGAGUAUUAUUGCAGUGGUGUGCUUAGCUGUCAUCUGUUAUAGCCUCGGGCAUAGCAUCUACAGAUACAAGCAGCAGCCUGUAAAGCCUUUUUUUCGUUCAAUAACUUUCUAUCUAAGCUCUGCGCCCUUGAAAUACUUCAUCUGCAUUAUUCUAACUGGUCUCCGUCUUGGAUUCGGUGUUGCCUCUUCAUUCUCCUGGGAUAUUUCCCCAGCUAAAUAUGAUGGCAAUGCUGGUUGGCUUUACGGCCUUGGCUAUGCUCCCCCAUUGCUCAUCCUCGUUGUGCUGAACAUAUGGGGCUACAUUGAUCCUAAUGAAGACAGGGCGCUUAUUGAGCAGCGUCGUGAACGUGGACAUGCCGCAGACGCUGAGCUUGGUAUCCCUGGAAUGCGAAAACCAGCUUGGUGGCGCCGAUUGCGCUCUGAUUUUCAGCAUGUGUCCAGCAACGACCCUAACGCGAGAUUGAAAGCUAUGACUAUGGAAAUCGGAGGGGGGAGGCCUACACAAAGGAACUUGGAGCGGUAUAUUGAGAUGGGAACGAUCUCUGCAGGAAAGGCGAAUCCGGAAGAUAAAGGCGGCGGACCGAGCGAUACGGAGAGCCCAAGCAAUGCUAUAUUAAAUCAUCCAUGUGCGGACCCGGUCGCUAAAAUUAACACUUCAACUCUAUUGAAUCCGACGGGUCGGACAAUGCGGUCUCCCAGCAGAUCGAGCAGCCACGCUACAUUAUCAUCUGAAGAAACCUUGACCCAAACUCAACAACCACAAAAAGUGAGGAGUAUGUUGGAUAUCUGAACAGCAUUUUUGGUUCAUCACUUACACGAUCAUGUUCCCACCUCAAUUCCUCUUUUGCUCAAGAUUUUUUUUGGAAUUUCUUUUUGGAGUCUCUGUGCAUAUCAUUGUUAUAUAUUAUUCAUUACUGCAUUCUGGGAAGUUUGGCGAAAUUCAGGCGCUGGGUUUUAAGGAAAGGAGCUUGGUUUCGAAGGACCACGGUUGUCGGUCAUGACACGCGUGAAUGGGAACGCACGCGAACCAGAAACGACUAUCAAUCAUACAUAUAUGCAUACGCGGCACAUUAUUUCCCUGCUAGGUUGGAUCGCCUCCAACCUAUGUUACGAUUCACGAGCACACUGAUUUUGAAUUCUGAAGGAACGUGGAAACAUUCACUUCUUACUGCUCACUUUUGGAAGAUAGAUAGAUAACUGCCCAAACUGUGGUGCGGCUCUUGAUUGCUUCUUACUGUUUCUUAUUUGUAGCUUUUUCCCCAAUCAAUCUUCUAAUUUUCUUUUUC